AUGUUUAGUGUCUUAUCAAAUUUACGUGACGCAAAUGAGGAAUUCUCUCGCCAACUUGAAAAGCUUAGAGCAAUCAGUCCAAAUUAUGCAACAGAAUCUCUAGAGACAUCUUUUAACUGGGAUGAACUAGCUGCUGACAUAAAGGAUGUCGAAGGAGAGUGGUAUCUCGUUGCUUUUCGAUCUAUCCGAAGAGCGGACGCUGAUAAUAAAUUAUUGUAUGAAGCUGAUGCUAAAGCCCACAAUGAAGCAAUACUUCAUGGAGGUUUGCUGAAGUAUUGGAUCGGUGAACUAAAUCAAUAUCGAGAAUGCCUCUCAUUUUGUAUUUGGACAAAUAGAGAUAUUUCAAUUAAAGCAACUCAAAAACAUCGUCAUACUGAUGCAAAGAGAUUGGCCGACACGAUGUAUGAAACCUAUAGCUUAGAAAGUUUUUUCGAACUCGAGUAA